CGCCGAACACCUGACUAACUGCCCUUUACUCCCGGACUUUCAGUAAGUGCAGCAUGUUUAGUACAUUUCAAAUAUAUGUAACACAGCAACAACAUUUUAGAAACGCGUGCUGUUCCGCUGUGAAAUUCAAGCACGCGCCUAUUAGAACGUCGAGGAUUAAAAAAAGAAUCUUGUGUGACGUCACAGAGUAGUCAAGCAGUAUAAAAGGCUCAACCUUCGAACCAGAGUUCAGUCGAGUUUCGUGAGUGAGAGUCAGUGUAGAGAAUCGACAGAGAGUGAUUACUGACUGACACACAGUGUACAGACACAAGUUUUUACACACAGGGGUCCACGGUUUAUAACAUAAUCGAGCAGAAUGUCAAAGACAUCUGUGUUUUUCGCUGAGUGCAGCGAAGUUAAGAGAGAAGCUGUGGACAGGCUGGAGAUGAUCAGCCUUACCUCAGACAUAAUGUCUGACUCUGUAAGCACCAAAGAGGUGACAACUUCCAAAAAAUCUGUGGAGACAACAGGAGAUCCAGGGAGCGUUAGCUCAGAUAAUCAAGCUGGCGUGAAGGCUUGUGCUAGAGACAGUGUGGAGAACAGCCCAACAGAGAAACCUGCAAAAGGGAAGAAGGGGAAAGACGUCCGCGCUGUCUUUCGGAGAGUAUGGAAGGCUGUAAAGCGCCCUUUCCUUUGCUGCGACCCGAACAGUGUGGUGUUUCUUACACCACAGCCGGACCUAGACGGUUCAGCGCUAACACCCGUCCCAAGUCCCUUCAGAAUCACACCAGUGGCUGACGCAGAUCCUGCCGACCCUGAGCUGCUGUGUCUGCCGGGCCAGGUCUGUGAAGAUGUUGAGUCUGUGUGUGUGCCAGGUCCCUCCAGGACGGAGCAAACAGCAGACGCAGAUCUGGCCGAUCCCGAGUCGUCGCCUGUGGCAGAUCCGUCCAGUUCUGACCCGGGUGACGAAAAAACUAAGAAGGGGAGGAAAAGGAAAGCAGUGCAUGCGUUCUUCUGGAGACUCCGUAAGGCUGUAAAGCACCUCUUCCUCUGCCGUGACUCGACUCAAACACCUGUCGAAGUCCCAUCUGAGAUGAAGUCAGUGGAUGACGACAUCCCUGUGGAGCCGGAGCCGGAGCCGGUCUGUCUGAGCAGGUCUGAGCAGGUCUGUGCAGCUCUCCAGUCCUCCACGUCUGUGCAAGCAGCCGACGCAGAUCCAGACGCUCCAGUGUUGAUGCAUGUCUCAGAUUCAUCCGAUUCAGAGAUCAGUCUGGAUUGUGGAUCUAGAGUGUGUCUCUUUCUGGUGGGAGAGCUUCUAGGAUACGGGAGUUUUGGAAAGGUGUAUGAGGGAACCCACAUAUUUGAUGAUAGAAUUAAGGUCGCCAUGAAGUACAUCCACAAGCACAAAAAUGACCGCCGUCUUCACUUUGCUGGUCAUUCCAAACCUGUCAUCGCAGAAGUGGCAAUGUUGCUUAGGUUGCGAGAACCUCCAUUAUGCCCCAACAUCAUCAAACUACACCACUGGAUUGAGAAGAAGAGGAGCUUCGUGCUCAUUAUGGAGUACCCGAAACCAUGCAGUACCUUGCAUCAGUACAUCACGUGUUCAGACGACAUGAAUGAAGGAAAAGCUCGCUGGUUAAUCAGUCAGUUAGUCCAAGCUGUGAAACACUGCGUUGACCAUGGAGUCUUCCAUGGUGAUAUCCACACGGGGAACAUCCUGGUGACUAACCCCAGUUUGGAGCUCAAACUAAUUGACUUCGGUUGUUCUUAUCCAAUCAGCAGUGAGGGCCUUCUCAGCAGUGAAUACCGAGGAGCACCACUCUUCACCCCACCUGAGGUCAUAAGGCACAGCAAAUACCACGCUGACCCAGCGUAUGUCUGGGCAAUAGGUGUUGUGCUGUUUGAAAUCUUGCACGGGUUUUUGCCAUUUGGAAACCAAGACGAAAUACUGCGUGACUAUGUUAAAGCAAAACCCACUUUAUCCUCAGCAUGCCAUGACCUGAUUUUCCAGUGUUUGAUCCGCAAUCCAGCGAACAGACUGACGCUAGAGCAUCUAGAAGAGCACAGGUGGUUUAAGAGCUAGAUUGGCAGAAGACAGCGGAUCCCAUGCAUCAGUUAGAUGAGAAAAGAGGCUUUCUGCUACAAAAGAGAGAUCCCUCUCCAUCUGUGCCUUGCGGACCAGAAGACAAACUUAAUGAACCCAUCAUUCAAUCUCCAAUCUCAACCAGAUCCGUCCAGUUCUGACCCGGGUGACGGUGAGUCCUCAUUACUUUGGUUGAUUUUAUUUCUACCAUUUUUAAUAUGCGAUGUUCUGUUGUCCAUCAUUACUUGUUAUAAUUCUGAUUCACUGCUAGCAACUGCUUAAAAACCCAACAACUGCUUCUGUUGUAUAAUUUUCACUUUUAAUUAUAUUAAUUAGUUAGCUGCAGCUCUAAUAAUCUUUCGCAGUGAUGUUUCUAAUAGUUUAUUGUUAAUUUUAGAAAAGGGAGGAAGAGGAAGACAGUCAGUGUGUUCUUCUGGAGAUUCUGUAAAGCUGUAAAGCACUUCUUCCUGUGCCGCGACUCGAACAGAGUCCAGAAUCUUACACCACAGCUGGAUCUAGACGAUUCUGAGCCAAUACCUGUCCAAGUUCCAGUGUUGGGAAGGAUACUUUGGAAAUCUAAUAUAUUACAGAUUACAAGUUACCCUACUUCAAAUGUA